CUUGAAUUUAAAAUAAUCUCAGUUAAAAAUGAUUUUUAUUCGUAUGUAGGAAAUUGGUUUUACUCUCAUUUGGACUUGUAAUAAGAAGUCACAGUUGGAAUGACCAAUUAAUAAUCCUAGUCCUACUUGGGAAACCUUGUCACGCACGUCUAUACUUUCCUCCCUGCCCUGGCCUGGCCUAUAUAUAUAUGUGUGCAACCAAAAGCCUUUUCUUUCACUUUCAUCUUAUUCUAUAGUUGAAGAAUAACAGAUAGAAUUAGUGGGCGAUAAUGGGCGGUGGCGCCGGAGAAGGGAUGAACGUGUUGAAGAAGCUGGACGAAGCCAAGACUCAGUACUACCACUUCAAGGCCGUCGUGAUCGCCGGAAUGGGUUUCUUCACCGACGCCUACGAUCUCUUCUGCAUCUCCCUCGUCACCAAACUCCUCGGCCGCAUCUACUACCACGUCCCCGGCUCCCCCAAGCCCGGCACCCUCCCUCCCAACGUCUCAGCGGCGGUCAACGGCGUCGCCUUCUGCGGCACCCUCGCCGGCCAGCUCUUCUUCGGGUGGUUGGGGGACAGGAUGGGGAGGAAGCGGGUCUACGGCCUCACCCUGCUCCUCAUGUUCUGCUCCUCCGUCGCCUCCGGCCUCUCCUUCGGCUCCUCCCCCCGCGCCGUCAUGGCCACCCUCUGCUUCUUCCGCUUCUGGCUCGGCUUCGGGAUCGGCGGCGACUACCCUCUCUCCGCCACCAUCAUGUCCGAGUACGCCAGCAAGAGCAACCGCGGCGCCUUCAUCGCCGCCGUCUUCGCCAUGCAGGGCUUCGGGAUUCUCGCCGGCGGUGCCGUCGCCAUGCUCGUCUCCGCCGCCUUCGACCGCGCUUACAGGGCUCCCUCCUACGAGGCCAACCCGGUCGCCUCCACGGCUCCCCAGGCCGACUACGUGUGGCGGAUCAUUCUCAUGGCUGGGCCGCUUCCGGCCGUGCUGACGUGGUACUGGAGAGCGAAGAUGCCGGCGCGGAAACCGCUCGAUACACCGCCCUGGUCGCCAAGAACGCGGAGAAGGCGGCGGCGGACAUGUCAAAGGUCGUGCAUAUUAGAAAUAUUAGAAUGAAUUCACAUCAUAAUAUUCAUCUUUAUUUGAAUACAUCACACUUGGUGUCUAUAAAUAUUACAAAUUACAUAAAGAGGACAAUUAAGG